AUGAGCUCUUAUCAUGUGCCAGUGAGGGACCACGGAGGUACAGGAGUGAAUCAGGAUGAAUUCAAAAAAUUUUUGAAAUCUGCUGGAUGCAGACUUGCGGUGGUAGAAUUUUCGGCAAAAUGGUGUGGUGCUUGCAAAAAGAUUUGUCCUCUUGUUCAAGAAAUGACUCUACAAUACCAAAAUGUAAUGUUUGCUAACGUGGAUGUGGACGAGUCUCAGGACUUGGCCCAAACUUAUAAUAUCAGAGCAAUACCCACAUUUCAGAUGUUCAAGCGAGCCAAAAAGAUUUUUGAAUUUUAUGGAGCUGAUGCUAAAAAGUUGGAAAUGAAGAUUAAAGAACUGAUGUAAGCUGAUGUCAG